AUGUCGGGAAUAGAGAGAGCUCAGAAGACUGGCGGAACCGAUGCCUCGAAAGCUACUGUCCUCAAAGGCCGCGACGACUGCGUUGCCGUGAUCCAAAACACGGACCCGAACCGACGUCUGCUAGUCAUCGUCGGACCCUGCUCCAUCCAUGACCCUGUCUCCGCGCUCGAUUACUGUGAUCGGCUUUUGAAGCUGAAGGAAAAGUACCAGGAUGACCUCGUCAUCGUGAUGCGGUCAUACCUUGAAAAGCCUCGUACAACGGUUGGAUGGAAGGGGCUCAUCAACGACCCCGAGAUCGAUGGCAGUUUCUUGAUCAACAAAGGCCUGAGAUUGAGUCGGCAGUUGUUCGUCGAUCUGACAAACAAGGGCAUGCCAAUCGCUAGUGAAAUGCUGGACACCAUCUCACCGCAGUUCUUGGCUGAUUUGCUGAGCAUUGGCGCCGUGGGUGCUAGGACCACAGAGUCACAACUUCACCGAGAACUGGCCUCGGGUUUGUCAUUCCCUGUGGGCUUCAAGAACGGCACGGAUGGCACGUUAGGCGUUGCAAUUGACGCGAUCGGCGCGGUUCAACAUCCUCACCAUUUCCUUUCAGUGACAAAGCCGGGCGUCGUGGCCAUUGUGGGCACCGUGGGUAACGAAGACUGCUUCGUGAUCUUGCGUGGUGGCACCACGGGGACCAAUUACGACAAGGAAAGCAUCCACAAGGCGAAGGCGAGCUUGAUUGCCAAGAACCUCAACCCUAGAGUCAUGGUGGAUUGUUCGCACGGCAACAGCGAGAAACAGCAUAAGAACCAGCUAAAGGUCGCCAGCGUGCUGGCUGAUCAGAUAGAGGAAGGAGAGGAGGGUAUAUUGGGCGUCAUGAUCGAAAGUCAUAUCAAUGAAGGCAACCAAAAAGUGCCUUCAGAAGGCAAGGCAGGCCUGAAAUAUGGCGUCUCCAUCACCGACGCCUGCAUAGGCUGGGAAGACACGGAACAGGUGCUCGAGAGGCUAGCCGCUGCCGUGCAGAAACGCAGACAAAAACUCGGCGCGAAAAUCGUCAAUGGCACAACAGCGGCUGUGAAUGGUAAUGGGCAUGCUUGA